GCCGGCUCCGCGUCGGGGUGGGACUCGGCGACGAGCACACCGACGUGACGGUACGCCUGCACAGCGGCACCACGACGGACGGCAGGAGCAGUCGCAGCAGCAGGCCGUGCCGAGAAGCCUGGCCGCCGUCGAGGAACGCGUCUCUGGACAAGCUGGUGAGGGAGUGCCGCGACAUGGGCACAGGCGCUCGCUAUGGGUCGCAGUUGUCGCUGCGCCGCUACUCCGUCCCCGAGGCCGUCAUGAGGCGCUGCUCCCUUCGCAGUGACCAGGGAGCCUCCAGCGCAGAGCAGUCUCCAGAACCCGAGCCCCGACUAGAGCCCCGACUAGAGCCCCGACCGGAACAACGACCGGAAGUCGAGCCGAACCGGAAGCGCGCCUCUGAAAGGACGAAGCAGCGCGUCGACGCCAACCACAACGAAACGGUCACGACCCGAAGCACCAAAGGAGUGUACGUGCUUCGCAGCACGCAGUGCAGCACGGCGAGCUCCUUCCGCUCGGACUGGACGACCACGACGGCGUGCAGCUCGUGCCGACAGCGCAUGGCGGCGGCGUCCUCGAUCGCCGCGACCUCGGUCGCCACGUCCGUGACGACCUCCAUGACGGCCUCCAUGGCGGCCUCCAUGGCGGCGUCCAUGGCUUCCUCCAGCCCGCCACCGGGCACCGCGGCCACCGAGAUGUCCGAGGCCUCGUCGGCGACGAGGCUGUGCGUCCACUGCGGCCGCCAGGCCACCAGCAGCAAGCCGUGCACGCCCAGGGACAAGCUGGACCAGCUCGUCCUCACCGAGGAGGCCGCCGUGGUGCAGCAGCGCACCUCCACGCACACCGUCACGGACGCGGCCAGGGCCGAGGCCGAGGAGAGCGAGGCGGUGGAGAGGCGAACGCGCCCCGCUGCCUCUCAGGAGGUUACAGAGAAGGCGGGGGCCACACGAACGGAACAGACCAGGAAGAGCCACAAGCCCCGCCUCAAGGACGUGCCCGACGAGGACGCCCCGGGCUACGUGAGGAUGUCGCCCGACAUGGUGUCCGAGUCCGAGGGCACCUCCACGUCGUUCAACAUGUCCCUGGCCGAGAUGUCGCAGCGUGACGGCAGUCCCUCGCCGACGCCCACCCCUACGCCUUCCCCCACCACCUUCCGGUCCAGGCGGCCGUCCAGCGACCGCCUCAGUACGCCGGAAUCCCUCCGGAGCGGGCCGAUCACGGACGCUAUCUCCGGAGACCUCAACUCUGGCUCGAGCUCCACAAGCCCCGAAAGGUCAAUCCACUUCUCCAGCCCCGGCGGCAGCCCGCGCCGCCUGGAGCCUCCCCCGCCACCGCAGUUCGACGGCGACUCGUCCGCGGAGUCCAGGACGCCGACGCCGCCACCGGUGCCCCCGCGGCAUGCCCCCGCGCCGCGCCGCAAGUUCGACGACAAGGUGCACGUCGUGAGCGAGACGUCCAGCUUCAUCAUCCUGGACGAGCUGGAGCACACGACGGACGCGGGGGACGCGGGGGACGCGGACCGCGACUCGGGGGAGGAGAGCGACUUCAACUCGCACACGGGCCGCACCGUGCGCCACGUCCGCACGCAGCGGGCGCAGCGCACGCGUGCCAACUGGAAGCACAAGGGCACGGCGUCGUUCGAGGUCCUCGAGGACGACGACGAGGACGUGGUGCGGCCGCCGUGCAAAGCUUGCCGUCCGCCGUGCCGCGGCGAAGCCAAGAAGGCGGCCAAGAAAGCGCGCAACGCCCACGGCGAGGACGCCGACGUGGAGAGGGACUCGCUCGGCGGCAGUGUGCCGGACAUGUUCGGCGUGGACGACUCCGGCAACGUCGUGUUCUGCGAGACGGGCGUGAGCAGCAGGCGGGCCAGCGAGGCGGGCGUGGCGGACAAGAGCGCGGCGCGCGAGCCGCCGGACGCCGCGGCAGACAAGAAGGCCGAGGGCGCGGAGGGCCGGCAGGGCGCGCGGCACGCCAGGACUGGCGCGGUCGAUAGCCAUGCAGCGUCUAAGGGCGAACACGCACACGCCGCGCGGACCGCCAAGCCGGAGGGCCCCAACGGCCCCAACGGCCCCAACGGCCAGCCCGCGGCCUGCACGGCCGGCAGCAGCAACAGCAGGUGGCACGUCAGGAGCGAUGCCUGCCACGGCCACGCCAACAAGAACGGCUUCAGGGAGACGGUGCGGAGCGACCACCACUCCGAGGAGCAGACUUACUUCUGCGGCGUCAAGGAGGUGUACUCGGUGACGACGGAGAAGGUGGAGAAGUGGGGCGGCGAGAGCAGGGAGUGGCUGGAGAAGACGACGUCGCACCGCAUCCAGCACCAGCACCCCCACCCGCACGCCGACGCGCAGCAGCAGCAACGCCAGUACAGCCUGUCCAACCGCAUCAACGUGGCCAACAACAACCCCAUCCUCAUCGCCAGCGAGAUCCUCGAGAUCCCGCCCGACCAGCGCAUCCGGCCGGGAGCAUUCGGGCAGUGCGCCAGCCGCCAUCCGGACGGGGACUUCUCGCUGCCGAGCAUCGGGGCGCGGAACAAGAGCCAGGCUGCAGCGCGCCAGCAGGUGCCGGACGACCCGGACACGGUCCCCGACCCCGGCCCGGGACCGCAGCCAGACCCCGGGGCCUCUACCGCGCACGUCCGCUUCAUCGAGGACAACCCGUGGAGCGGCGGCCGGGCGCGGUCCAUCGUCGCGGACCUGGCUGGGUCUGAGCCCGCCGAGAUCCAGGUCGCCGUGCCGCGGUACCCGGCAGUCCCGCGGUCCAGGUCCAUGGUGGUGAACACGUCCUCGGGCGAGGAGGACGAGGACGACGACCGCCUGGGCCGCGCCGACGACGACAGCGACGGGUGCCUGAGCUGCGCCGACAGCCUGGAGAGCGAGCGGUCGCCUCGGUCGGCGCGCCUGCACGACGAGAAGCCCGUCCGCGGCCACGUCGUGCUGCCCGAGCGCGCCGCCAAGCCGCCGCCGCAGCCGCGCCCGCAGUCGCCCAAGUCGUUCUUCGUGAGCCUGGCCGAGGAGCACGCCUCCGAGGACGACGUGCCCGUGUCGGCGCGCCUGCCCGACCAGCUGCGCGAGAAGCUGCUGCACCGCCACACCAUGGUCAAGCUGCAGAUGGCGCAGAACAGGCGCUUCCUCCGCACGGCCUGCGACGCGGUGGGAAGUACCACGACGCGCCGACGCGGCGGUCGCGGCGCCACGGUCCGCGUUGGCGUGACACACGGCAAGGACAGCAAGGUGACCGUCAGCGUGGAGCAGCGCGGCGGCGGCGACAAGGACCCCGUCAAGAAGGACAGGCCGCGGCCCAGACGCGAGCAGGUAGCUCCGGUGGUCCGCGUGCACAAGUGCCACGUCGACGAGGAGGUCAAGACCAGCUUCAAAGCCAAGCCGUACAAGCUGGCCCGCAUCAACGAGUCCAACAACGAGGACGCUGGCGAGGACGCCAAGAGGGCCAAGCAGGCGAAGAACGAGGCCCGGGCGGAGGACCGCAGGGCGAAGCAGCACGCCAGGGCGACGGUGCGCUCCAGGCACAGGGACGCCAAGGACGCCGACAAGCAGGCCGAGGCCAAGGACCGCAGCCACAAGGCGGACAAGGCCGAGAAGGCGCAGGAGCGGACCAGGAACGGCGAAAAGCCGCGCGACCGCAGUUCGGAGAAGGCACACUCCAACAAGGUCACCAAGGAGGCGAGGCGGGAGCACCGCGUCACGCGGGACGUCAAGCAGAGCAAGACCGCGACGGAGAGCAAGAAGUCGCACAGCCACGUCUCGCAGAAAAACCUGGUCAACGUGCAGCGCUCCAGCGAGGCUCGCAAGGAGGAGAUCAUCUCGGACCUGGUGAAGGUCGCCAAGGACCAGCACAACGAUGACCACCAGCGCCACCACCUCCAGCGCCGGGAGCAGGAGGCGAGCAAGGAGCGCGCGCGCACGAGAGCGGUCCGCCAUGAGCACGCCGUGAAGGCCUCGACGCAGCACGGCCACACCGCGGCCGCCAGGGUGAAGCACUCGGGAGAGAAGGGGUCCGUGGCGCGCAAGGGAGAAGCAGCGACGGAGACGUCGGUCCGAGCCGGCGACCUCUCGGGGGACAAUCGGCUAACUGGCAAAGAGGCGUCGAACGCGAAGAAGACCACCGCCCGCCACCACUCCGUCCAUUCCACGGCGGAAACCGUGGCGGUGGCGAGGGUGUCGCGCGACACGGAGGACGCUGGGCCGUGCCAUCGGGCAGAACGCCGUGGGGACGCGGAGCAGGCCAGAGAGACGCAGGGUCGGCAAGACACUGGCGUCUGCGACCAUUCCGAGCACGGCGAGCAAACUGUGGUCAGGAUGCCUCAAGAGCCGGUGGAGCCCGGUACAUGUGGCUGUGCCUGUUCAAACAGCAAUGAGCAAACCGUGAGGAUUGUGAGAGUGUCUCAAGAACAGCAGGACUCUGGUGUUUGCGCCCAUCGUGGUGAUCAGACGGUGAGAGUGGUGAGGGUGUCGCAGGGUGCAGAGGAACUGAGCAGGUGUGCUAAUGGGGAUCAUGACGACCAGACUUUCGGAGUGGUUAGGGUGUCACAGGGCCCGGAGGAUUCCGCUGUCUGUGGCUAUGCAGAUUACAGUGAACAGACCGUGAGAGUGGUUAGGGUGCUGCAAGAACCGGAGGAAUCCAGGCCCUGUGAUCACGGCGACCAUGAAGAGCAAGCUGUUGAAAUGGUCAGGGUGUCGCAGGAACCAGUGGAAACUGGCCCUUGCGACCAACGCCAACACAAGACGGUGAAAAUUAUAAGUGUGGCGCGUGAUUCCAAGGACUCCAGGUCAUGCGAGCACUCAGAGCACAGCAACCAGAUCGUGAAGGUGACCAGAAUAUCGCAUGAAACGGAUGAUUCGGGUGUUGCAACCGGUCUGAACGCGACGGCAACACUGUGAAGCUGACCGCGACGUCGCAGGAAUCGGAGGGCUCCAGC